UACUGGUUGACAUUUUGUAUGUAUAAUAUUAGGUAUAUUAUAUAUUAGCAUUGUAGGGUACUAUAAAGAAUAUAGGUAGGUACCUAUAAAGUAGCACUGUAGCUGGACACUUCACUUAUACUCUCAAUAUAGAUGAUAUUUGUUCAAAAUACCUACCUAUUUUGGUUCUUUUUAUAGACAUUUGAAAUGUGCUAUAGAUUUUUUCGAUUCAUAGUUUAUGUAAGCUAGUACCUAUUUGUUUCAUUGUUUGCAAGUAAAAAUCUUGGAUAUAGGCACGAGGUAUUCCUCAUAAAUUAUUCGAUUUGAGUAUGUAUUAGGUACUCUAAUCACAAUAAUAUUCACAUCUUUUAUAUAUGACUGUACAUUUGUUCAUAAAUCUAUGAAUUAUUAUAGUACUUAUCGCAUUAAUAUUUAAUACAAUGAUACAUUAUUAUAAUAUUCUAGCCUUACACUUUUACAGUUAAAAUAUUAAUACUGGCUAAAUGCGCGCCACGGUUGUUGGGUUGUCAUUAUAUAUCGUGCGUGCAUGGCGACCGCCACCUAUAUCAUUAUUUAUUUACGUUAUUUUGACAUUAUUGUUAUUAUUUUUACGCCGCGCAUAAACCCGCUGCAGAUAUUGAAACUACGAACGAAACUGAGCCAACACGAACACACAAAUUGUCUUCGCUAAACACAGUUAUGCCGUAUAGUGAAUCCGUAUCUAUGAAUCGGAAUAUUCCGAAACCAAAAGGCUCUCCGAAAUGGAGAAGACCUAAGCCGUCCGCCGUCAAGACUAGUCUUACGGAAAAGCCGAAUUUUACUGAGCCAACACAAACAUACAAAUUGUCUUCGCUAAACACAGUUAUGCCGUAUAGUGAAUCCGUAUCUAUGAAUCAGGAUAUUCCGAAAGCAAAUGGCUCUCCGAAAUGGAGAAGACCCAAGCGGUCCGACGACAAGACUCGUUUUUUGGAAAAACCAAAUUUUACUUCGCGUACCGGAAAACUGGUCGAUGUGUUGUACGGGCGCCGUCGCUGCAACCCCAGAGAUGACAUAACUCUGCUGUGCACUUACUUCGAAGCAAAUAAAAGGCACGAAAGACUUCCAAAGGGGUCGAAAUCAUUUGUAAAAAAUGAAACCUCUAAUGUUAACUUCUAUUCAGAUAAACGCAAACGUCGUACUACUAAUAUUGAAAACGAACCAAGCUACAUGUUACAACAGUACGACAAUCCCUCGGCAAAAAUUAAUGCUGUUCUUAAAGAUCUAGGUUUUGUGUGUAAUAGUGAUACAAUGUAUACAUUUUAUCCAUCAAAGAUAUACUAUUAUAAAGACUCUCAAAAGCAUAUUACCAGAUAUGGUCAGAAAAGUUAUAUUGCACCAAAACCAAAAAAUUCAAUAGGUAGUUCUGAUGGAUAUAAUCAAAACGGAAGACAUCAAAAGCCAAUUUGCUCUAAAACAUACCCGGAAAAUAAUCGUUACAACAAAAACUACAAAAUUGAAAAUCAUCAUCAAAAUUCAAUAAUUAAAAAGACUUACUCAAAUCAAUUGUAUUGCCAAAAAAACAACAAUAAUCUUCAUCAAGAUAAACAGUUGCCUAUUAAAUACUGGUUAAUGAGGCACUUGUUAUUUACAAAUUUUGAUCGCGGUAUUCUUUUGGACACAGAGAGCUUCUAUUCGGUCUGUCCGGAGGUAUUAAGUUAUCAUAUAGCAAAGCGUUGUAAAAAUAACAUAGUGUUGGAUCCUUUUUGUGGAGCUGGUGGUAAUAUUAUACAGCUAGCAAAAACAUGCAAACGAGUUAUAGCAUGUGAUAUUGAUCCAGAUAAGAUAAGAUUAGCACGGCAUAAUGCUGAGAUAUAUGGUGUUGCUCAUAAAAUUGAUUUUGUAGUUGGUGACUUUUUUCAAAUUUACCCAAAGUUAAAAGCAGAUGUAGUAUUUAUGUCACCACCAUGGGGUGGACCAGGAUAUUCAAUUUCAAAAAGCUACAGUUUAACGUCUAUGUGUGACAAUUAUUUCGGGGGAGGUUUUGGUAUUUUUGAUAUUGUUAAAACUAUUGCGCCUAAUAUUGCAUUUCAUAUGCCGAAAACCACAAAUAUAUUAGAAUGUAUGUGGUUGGCAAAUGAUUUUGGUAAAGUGGAAAUUCAGCAGAAUAUUAUUAAUGGAAGAUUGAAUUCAAUCACAGCAUUCUAUGGAGACUUUCACUCAAGUAACUGA